AUGAGCUCAACUUCGAAGAGAUCAUGGUUCUUGUUCCUCAUAAUCUUCACUGUUGUUGUACUCUUAGGAAAAAACCUCCCUUGUGUUAUGUCUAUCCCACACCGUAUCCUCUUGGAUACAGAUGUAGACACAGAUGACUUAUUCGCUCUACUUUACCUAUUAAAACUAAACAAAUCAGAAUUCAAUCUAGUCGGGAUUACACUGAGUGCAAAUGCAUGGACCAACGCAGGACACGGAGUGAAUCAAGUGUACGAUCUUUUGCACAUGAUGGGUCGUGACGAUAUCCCCGUCGGUGUCGGCGGCGAAGGUGGGAUUCUCGCCGAUGGUACUAUUCUCUCCGACGUCGGUGGUUAUUUCCCGAUCAUAGAACAGGGGAUGACAACAACAGGAGGAUGUAGAUACAGACAAGCCAUUCCUAAAGGUCUUGGAGGCCUACUUGACAUUGAUUCAAAUUAUGGAUUGCGUAAACAAUUUCUCCCUCAGGGGAACAGAAGAUACACUCCUCUUCAGCAACCAACGGCACAAAAAAUAAUCGCCGAUAAAGUUUCUGAAGGUCCAAUCACCGUAUUCAUCAUCGGAUCUCAUACGAAUUUUGCGCUCUUCAUGAUGUCAAAUCCUCACUUGAAACACAAUAUCCAACACAUCUAUGUCAUGGGAGGUGGUGUACGGUCGCAAAACCCCACUGGCUGUUGUCCGGCGAACUCCACGGCGGCGGAAUGUACACCUAGACAGUGUGGAAACCGUGGAAACUUGUUCACGGAUUACACAAGUAAUCCUUACGCUGAAUUCAACAUCUUCACUGAUCCUUUCGCUGCUUAUCAGGUGUUUCAUUCAGGUGUUCCAGUGACUCUGGUUCCUAUAGAUGCAACCAACACAAUACCUAUCAACAAGAACUUCUUUGAGACAUUCGAAAAGAACCAGAGAACAUAUGAAGCUCAAUACGUUUUCUUAUCUCUGAAAAUAGCCAGAGACACUUGGUUCGACGAUGAAUUCUACACGAGCUACUUCAUGUGGGAUUCUUUCACAGCAGGUGUGGCAGUCUCAAUCAUGAGAAACGCAGGUAAGAAUAACAACGAAAAGGGCGAGAAUGAUUUCUCCGAGAUGGAGUAUAUGAACAUAACCGUUGUUACAUCAAACAAACCUUAUGGAACAUCUGAUGGCUCAAAUCCGUUCUUUGAUAAAAGAAGAACUCCAAAGUUCAACCUAACUGUUGGAGGAGUUCAUAGUGGUCAUGUUCAGAUGGGUUUGCGCGAUCCGUUCUGCAUACCGAAAAGUGGAAAAGGAAAGUGUCAGGAUGGUUACACACAAGAGAUCUCUGGACUAGAUUCAGUUCGUGUUCUUGUUGCGACACGAGCUAAACCGAACAUAAACAUCAAAAGUGAACUUGAUAGAGAGUUCUACGUUGAUUUCUUGGAAGUUUUGAAUAGACCUGAAGAAACAGGGAGGUAUAACUUUUCAUCUCAGUUUCCAUACUACAAAGAAGAAUUGUUCAAACCAGAUCUUAGCAAAACACGCCUCGGGAAGCCUGUUGUUUUUGAUAUGGACAUGAGCGCCGGAGAUUUCCUCUCUCUCUUCUAUCUCCUUAAAGUUCCGGUGGAGAAAAUCAAUUUGAAGGCCAUUAUCGUGAGCCCAACGGGUUGGGCUAAUGCAGCGACAAUCGAUGUAGUCUAUGAUCUGCUUCAUAUGAUGGGUCGUGACGACAUUCCGGUUGGUCUCGGAGACAUGUUCGCAUUGAACCAAUCUGAUCCGAUUUUUCCACCAGUUGGAGAUUGCAAGUACGUCAAGGCAGUUCCACGAGGCUGUGGUGGAUUUCUUGAUUCCGACACGCUCUAUGGCUUUGCUCGUGACCUCCCAAGAAGUCCUCGCAGAUACACUGCGCAGAACUCAAUGGCACAUGGAGCUCCAAGGGACACUGAUCGGCCUGAACUCCGACAACCUUUGGCAAUUGAAGUGUGGCAAAAUCUGACCAAAUCUGGUAGUGGAGUGUCUAAGAUCACUAUAUUAACCAAUGGACCGUUGACCAGCUUAGCCAAGAUCAUCUCAUCAGAUAAAAAAUCAUCCUCACUAAUCAAGGAAGUUUACGUCGUGGGUGGACAUAUAACCCGUGAGAAAUCAGACAAAGGGAACACAUUUACGGUUCCUUCGAAUGCAUAUGCCGAAUUCAAUAUGUUUCUUGAUCCUCUAGCAGCUAAAACCGUUCUUGAAUCCGGUCUAAACAUCACACUCAUUCCUCUAGCAACCCAACGCAAAUCGAGUUCUUUCGAAACAAUUCUUGAUAGACUCUAUUCUUCUACAAAAACACCAGAAGCUCGGUUUGUGAAACGGCUGCUUGCUAGACUGCGAGCUCUUCAUCAGAAUCACAGGAGAUACACGCACAUGGACAUGUUCUUAGGGGAAAUUUUUGGAGCUGUUUUCUUGGGAGGCGAUCACGCUUCAUUGAAGCCGAAACUGAGAGCUGAGCACAUAAAAGUGAUCGCUGAAGGAGACGAAUCGAAAGAUGGUCAGAUAUUGAUCGAUAAACUACACGGAAAACGAAUAAAAAUACUCGAAAGUGUAGAUUUGAGAGGAUGUUAUGAGAUUUUUGCUUCUAGGCUCGAUGAUAAGAAACAAUCUGCAGUCAUAGGAAGCUUUGAAGAACAAAGGAAGAAAUGGAGCACACCACAAAGUUGA